AUGCCGCCUCUGUUGCGCCCACGAGUACUCGAUGGCACAACAAGGGCCAAUCUCGACCGUCUCGGUGUCGCUUACAUUGUUGUCGCCGUAUUGUACACGCUGAUACUGAGUGUCGAGCUUUUCUUCCUCCAUCGACGUAGGGAGGCUUUUUGUUUGCAGAUACGGAAUAUCAAGAUCGUUUUCGCAGCGGUGCUUAUGCUGCACAUCUAUCUCAUCCUUGUCCUACUCGUCUAUCCGUGGAACGGUCUCUUUCCAUGCUCAGCCGAGUUCUGGAUUAUGUCAGUAUUUCUUCCAUCUGGCAUGGCAUUCUUCCAAGCAUGCAAUGCCAAGGUGCUCACAGCCUACGAGAGCCAGCGCCGUAUGACACGCAACUUUCUGGAGGGUGCGCGCAAGAAGCGGAUGUCGUAUACCCCACUCGGCCUUCUCGAAGCGUGGCGCGAUCUCGAUGCGGCGAAGAAAGUAUACUUUGGUACUUUGGUUGGACUAGUCCUUUCGCUAUUCUGGACAAUGAUGGUUGGUCCGUGGAUACUAUGGAAGAUCCGCAACAUCAAGGACGUUCACUCGUGGGCCUGGCAAACGAGACUUGCCAUCAUUGCUGGUCUUCCAGGAACGCCACUUUGGAUCGCCUUCACGUACUCAAAGAUGCACCAGAUCCAAGACAUCAACAAGGUGUUUGCACCAGCCGGGUGGUUUAUACCAUCACUGGUCGUUUGCCAACAGGUUCUCAUCAUCAUACCACUGCGAGACGCACUGAGGGCCCAACCGAACAGACGAUCAUCAAUCUCCGACACUGAUUCGCUCACCUCCAACCACUCGCAACUAUCCGGGAAAUCGACUACCAUGAUCUACACCAAGGAGAUCAAGGCCAAAUCGUCGAUGCAGACACUGGAGUUCACUAUCGAGCAGAACAUCGAGCCCCUCAUCGCCUGGGCUGCUGCACGCGAGUUCACAGCCGAGAACUGCAUCUUCCUCCGUGAAGUGCGCAACUUCAGGAAGAAGUGGGGCAGCCUCAAGGUUGUUACCACUGCUCAACGGCGACAGAUGUUCAACGAGGCGUCUCUGCUCUUCUACACACUUAUCAACCCCUUCACCGCCGAGGCUCCGAUCAAUAUCGAAUACAAGAUCUUCAAAACUCUACAAAACAUGUUCGCCGAAGUGGAGUUCGACCCGUAUAUGCCGCGUGCCCAGACACCAGAGGAAGCUAAGUCACCCGUCGCCAGAGACAAUGUCGUAUGCCCAUGGGAGGACACAUUAAGCCGGCCAGCGAGUAUCGACUCCAACAUCACCUCGUCCUCAACAUCGAGCACCAGGUCGAUAGUCCCGAGCGAGUUCACAGAAGAGGUGUUUGACCCCGCCUUUGAGAGCAUCAAGUACCUCGUCUUCACCAACACCUGGCCGCGCUACGUGGAGCUCGCAGGCAAGCUUCCGUCGGCAUGA